CUUAUCCAAUCAGAAGUAAUCAUGUCAAACAUUCUCUUUAACUGUAAACUGUCGUUUCUCGUUUGUAAGUUGACCCCAAAGACCCCAACUGCCAAACCCCUUACCCGCCUUCGCCACCGCCGCCGCCGCCACCGUCAAUGGGCUCACCGAAAACAACCACCCAACCACCCCAACCAUUCCUCGGCCCGCUCAUAACACUAGACACCACCGUCUCCCACUUCCUCCACACACUCUUUAAACCAAUCCUCCCAACUUUCCUCCUCCUCCUCCUCGAAUACUCCGCCGAUUUCCGCUUUUCUUUCCCAGUUUCCCUCUCCCUCUUUCUCGCUUCUCCUUCCCUUUCCUCUCGAUCAAUCCCUUUCAUCCUUGGCCUCCUUCUCGACCUCGCUGUAAUCGGCCUCAUCAAGCUAAUCUUCCGCCGUACCCGUCCUCCUUACAACCCCAACAUGUCCCCCGUUGUUCACGCCGACAACUUCUCUUUCCCAAGUGGCCACGCUUCACGUGUUCUUUUUUCAGCUACUCUCUUCCACCUUAUUCUCCAAAACGACGACGGAUUUGUUUCGGAUUUCAUUAAACAGUGGACUAAAUUGGAAGCCGAUUUUGUUCUAUUAGGUGUCUGGGUUUGGGCUAUAAUGACAGCCACUUCAAGGGUUUUGCUUGGAAGGCAUUUCCUUUUUGACGUUUUGGCUGGGGUGAUUAUUGGGGUGCUUGAAGGGAUUGUUGCGUUCUUGGUUUUUUGGUUUUAGGAAGCAUUCUCAAAGCCUCAAAUCCGCUUCAUCAGGGGGCCCUACCAUGGAAAUUAAGCUCGUUGAUUUCAUGGGGCUGUGUUGUUACAACUGUCUGUACUCUGUAUUAUAGGCUUGAAUUGGUGGCCGGUUUGCAGAUGUGUUGUGGACCGGAGGUGGAAGGUUGCUGUUGGUUGAUAGUCUGGCUUUUCUUUGUUUUAAAGCUAUCGUUAUUGGAGCUUGUCGAGUUGCGGGACAUCUGCAUAUGUGCUUUUCCCUUAGCUUCUUCCUUUAAAAGCCGUCUUUUGUGGAGAACUAGCUGAAGCCUUUUUGGACCAAGCAGAGAACCUCAAUCAUUUGUAGGCGAGUAAGUAGAGCAUGUGUCUAUGCUGGAUUGGGCGGUUGAUAGAUAUUGAAUGACAACAAAUUGUAAAAGGGGAGUUAGGUCUAGUUCACUCAACUCCCCGACUGCUUGAGCUUAUCCCAUUCGUAAUUGAUAUUGACAAAUUGAAACUA